AUGGAAUAUGAAAAUUCAAACAAAUUAUCUAAUGAUUAUCAAGAAAUGAUAUGUUCUAUACAAUGUGAUGUAUUACUUCAACAUAAUCAAAAUAUUCUUAAUAAAUAUUUUGAAUUUUGUUCAACUCGAUUAGUUUUACCUAUAUUCAACUUUAAUACAAAACAAUUACAUCUAUUUGGUUGUAAUAAAUCAAAUAUAGAAGCUAAAAAACGUUUUUUCGAAUUACAAACUGAAUUACUUGUCAAAAAUAGUAAAAAACAAAAUAUUGAAGGUAAUAUUCAUUGGUGGUAUGAAGCAUGGGAUUCUACAUGGCAAUUAUAUAAUUCUAAAAUUACAAAUGAAAUUGAAUAUAAUUAUAAAUUAAAUAUAUUUAAUUUUACAUUAAUCAAUCAAUUAGAUGAAAAUAUAUUGAUUGAUAUUAAUAAAAUGGAAGAAAUUUAUGGUCAACGUAUAAAACGUAUUCGUCGAUUAAAAAUUGAUGAACAACAACCAAGUUAUUGGACUCUUACACCAUUAAAUUUAGAACGAUUUAUACUUGAUGAUAAAUCAGAUGAAUAUCUUACAAUUAAAGAUAAUUUCGAUAAGACAAUGAAAGAAUAUUAUACUAUAUUAAUAUCUAUUGAACGUAUUCAAAAUUUACGUUUAUUUAAACAAUUUUGUGUAGCACAUGAAGAUUUUAUUACUAGAUACGGUAAGAAAGAUAAUGGAACUAUGUGUUUUCUAUAUCAUGGUUGUCCUGAAUUAGCUUCAAAAAGAAUUAUUGAAAGAGGUUUCAAUCGAAGUUAUUGUGGAAUCAAUGGAUGUUGUUAUGGCCGAGGAGUAUAUUUUUCAAGUAAUGCAAGUUAUUCAAAUAGAUAUGCAAAUCCAAAUGAAAAAAAAGAAAAACGUAUAUUUUACAGUCGUGUUCUUAUUGGUCGAAGUAUGAUUGGUCAUCCGAAUAUAUAUGAACCAGAAGAUGGAUAUGAUACAACAACGGAUGGUACUCAUAUCUUUGUAUGUUAUUAUGAUAGUCAAAGUUAUCCAGAAUAUUUAAUAACCUAUACGUGA